AUGCAUCAGAUUUACAGCUGCAGCGACGAGAAUUUAGAAGUUUUCACCACCGUGAUUUCAUCCAAAUCAUGUAGUCCUGCCCGAAGACGAGCCAAAUGUACACAGCACAUCCUAACAAAGAGUGUCGUGGCCAUAUCUGAUCAUCAGCCCCACAGGACAGAGAAGCUGCAGCCUCACCAGGGUGGCCUCCUCCAGGUGCUGUACAGCAAAGACGAGGUGCGGGGCUUGGGCCACCUGCAGAGCGGGCAGCGAGGACCCUGCCCCGCCAAGGUGGGAAUAACUGAACGAGGGUCACCCAAGCCCUGUAAUCACUUGCUCGAUGGAAAAUCUUGGUUCCCAUCAUCGCCAGUUGCCCAUAUCACAGCAAAAGCAGUGACUGUCACAGACUCACCUGCAGGCGACAGCACUCCUAUGGAAAACCACAGGCAGCGCUGGAGGAAGUCAGCAGAGUACGACCUGACCCUGCCACCAGGAGCAGAAGCUUCCCUACCACUGACGGGAGGCAACCUCUGUGGUACGCCCAGCCUCCUGAGGAAGAUGUGGAUGAAGCACAAGAAGAAGUCAGAGUACGUAGGGGCAACAAACAGUGCCUUUGAGGCGGACUGA